GAGAGAGAAAGAGGAUGUUGUUUAAGUGGGGUUUGUUGAUUGCAGCACUGGCCUUUUCUCUAAGUCUUUCUCUCUUGCCUAAAGUGGACUCCAGGCUUAUUUAUGAACUUCAUCCUGUAAAUGUACCGCAUGGAUAUUUCACUGAGAGUAAACAGAAAAGAGAUUCCCUUCUUAAUCCUCCUCCUCCCCAACCGAAUAGGAACCGCAGAAGGGAUGUUCCUCCGCUGCCUCCACCACCACCACCUCAGUCGAUCGAGCAACCUUCACCACUACCACCUCAGUCAAUCAUGUCGCCUUCACCACUACCACCUCAGUCAAUCCCGCCGCCUUCACCACCACCACCUCAGUCAAUCCCGCCGCCUUCACCAUCACCACCUCAAUCGAACACGUAAAUGACAUGACGAAGUUAGCAAGAAGUUAAACUAACUAAAUCUAAUGCAUAAUGGAAGGGAAAGUCGAGGUCAUGUUAGUAAGAGGAGUAAGAAAUGUCUCUUGAUUUUAGGUCAUUAUCUAAACUGUGACAAAGCCAUUAUUAAUAAUG